AUGGCAGAAAAACAGUUUCUGGAUGAAUGUAACGAUGUGAAAACAUUCCAUGAUAAGAUUGGUUAUUACCUCACCUCUCUCGAGACCAUUAUUAAAAAUGAGGAUGGUGAAAGAUAUGAAAAAGCGUUACAGUUGUACAAUCAGUAUAAACAGGCAGGUUCAAGAAUUUUACUGGUUAAAAUAAAAAAAGAAAUGGUGGCGUGGCAAGGACCUCUAAGAUCUCUGCCAUUCAAGUCUCUAAGUCGAGCCACGAUGCUAUACUGGCCCCCAUCGGAGCGUAGGCAACCUCUAAGAUUGUCUGACGUUCAAGUCUCUAAGUCGAUCUGGGUACUCGGCCCGAUCGCCGGCUUGCAAAGGACUGGCAAUCACGAAACUGCUGGUGCCUCAAUAUACUUACAUAAUCCAAUAUUUAAGGGUAGUUCUCUAGGAAUUGGAACGAUUAAUGGUGGCACAUUUAAUGCUGAGUCGCAAAAGUCUAAAAAAAGAAAUCGUGAAGAUGACUAUGAUUAUGAAAAAUGUGCCGUCAAAAAAUGCGAGGAUACUACACCAACAUCGCAAAUUCAAGAAAAUCAGAUGUAUGAUCUUAGAAACCGGGAGAUAAAAAAUUAUGCAAAAAACAUUUCAUCAGUUGAUGAACCAGAUUUAUAUUAUCUAAACGAACAGACAAAUGACGAAGACGAAGAAAAUUCCUUAGAUGAUAGUUCUGAUGAAGAAGAUACAUUCAAAUUUGCAGACAUAUCAUUUCUUCUUUUGGCAAUUGAAGAAAUGAAACAAUCCAAAAAAGUAGAUUCAAAAAUAAUGAGCAUUAUAUGGCUGGGACAGUCAUCUAUCAUAGAUCUUUCGUCAGAAUUUAAACGUGGCAUGCAUUCUUGGUUUAAUGAUGAUUGGAUUCCAUUAAAGACCAAAGCGCUAUCAAAAAUUAAUUUAACAGCUGAAGAGUUUUCUGGUGAACUAUUAGAAUUUAUCACAAAAGUUGAAAACGUAUAG